AUGACAGACUCACGCCAACUCCACCUAACAGCCUUCAUGCGCCCAGUCUGUCUCCAUACAGGAGCAUGGCGAUACCCAGGCUCCUACCCAGACGCAAAUUUCAAUUUUAAACACCUCACUCAAUUCAUCCAAAAGCUCGAAGCCGCCAAAUUCGACGCCUUCUUCAUGGCCGACCACCUUGCCGUCCUGAACAUGCCCGUCGAGGCACUCAAACGCAGCCACACAGUCACAUCAUUCGAACCAUUCACCCUGCUCUCCGCACUUUCAGCUGUCACAGAGAAAAUUGGCCUCGCGGCUACGGCGAGCACUACAUACGAUCUACCGUACCACGUCGCCCGACGCUUCGCUAGUCUAGACCACCUUAGUAAUGGACGCGCAGCGUGGAAUAUAGUGACAACCGGCAAUCCGGAAUCCAGCCACAAUUUUGGCUUCGAUGAACAUAUGGCUCAUGGGGAUCGAUAUAAGCGUGCGCGCGAAUUCUACGACGUGGUUACGGGAUUAUGGGAUAGUUUUGACGAUGAUGCGUUUGCGCGUGACGUUGAGACUGGACAAUACUUUGAUCCGGAAAAGAUGCAUGUCUUAAAUCAUUUUGGGGAGGAGUUGAAGGUUCGCGGACCGUUAAAUAUUGCCAGACCGCCGCAGGGGUGGCCUGUUAUUGUACAGGCUGGACAGAGUGAGCCUGGACGACAACUUGCGGCUGAGACGGCAGAAGUGGUAUUUUGCAGUCCGAGAGAUAUUGAUGCUGCGAAGGCGCUUUAUACUGAUAUCAAGGAUCGGGUUGUGAAAGCUGGACGGAGGAGGGAGCAGUUGAAGAUUCUACCUGCGGCUAUGAUAAUUGUUGGGGAGAGUAGGGAGGAUGCACAGGCGAAGAGGCUGAAGUUGGAUAGUUUGGUGCAUUAUGAGAGUGCGAUUGCGUCUUUGUCGAUUUCGCUUGGGGUUGAUGCUCGUGGGUUUGAUCCGGAUGGUCCGUUACCGGGAGAUUUACCGGAGACAAAUGCGAGUAAGACGAGUAGAGAGGGGGUAGAGCGGCUUGCUCGGGAGGAGGGGCUGACUGUGCGACAGCUUGCGCAACGCUAUGGAGGAUAUUCGGGGUUGACGUUUCUUGGUUCGCCGAGUGAGAUCGCAGAGGAGAUGGAGGUUUGGCUGAAGGAGGAGGCAUCUGAUGGGUUUACGUGUUGUUUUCCGUUCUUGCCCCAGGGUUUGGAGGAGGUAACGGAAAAGUUGAUUCCAGAGUUACAGCGAAGGAGUCUAUUUCGAAAUGAUUAUACUGGCUCUACACUGCGUGAGCACUUUGGCUUAGACAGGCCAGAGAACCAGUUCUUCUCCAAGGUGGUCUGA